AGUGAAAUCGUUCUCUGUCUAAAAACAAGUGGACGGAGAAAGACAGUUUAGCCGGUGGGUCGGCCAUCGAACUCUUGACAUAUAACAUCGCAACAAUAUCAACCAACCACAGCUUGCCACGUAGCAAAUAUUGGCGUGAAAAAUCUGUCGUCCGUAAGCUUUACACACGGGCUUUACAUAAAUCAAACCGCGUUUAAUCCAAAACCAUUCAUUUGUGUUUUUGGAUGUUUAUAAACUCUUAAUAUAUUUUUCUUAUUGAAUUAUCUAUUUACUUCUUCUCUCAAAUGGGUUGUUUGAUUUCUCCGGUGAUGAAACUCCGUCGUCUCUCCUCAGCUGACUCGAGGCGGUUUGCAUACCGGAAUCUGACCGAGAAUAUGGAAGAUCCGGUCAUAAGGGUGGUGGUAGGGAAGGAGAUGAAAGAGUUCAUGGUCGAACCGAACGUACUCGAAGAAUACCCGUUUAGAGUCUUGAUAGGAUCGGUUAAGGAUCGUGCCAAGAACCGGUUAAACAGGUCCGGCAGAGUGGUGUGGCUUGAUCAUGUCGACUCGAUCUUGUCUGAGCACUUGUUGUGGCUUCUUCGGAACGACGCCUCUACGUUUUCUGAUUUGGAUGUUGUCGAGAUCAUUGAUUUUUAUGCUCAAGAUUGUUAGGUAAAAAAUAGAUUAACGUGGAAUAAUAACAAAGACUUUUUAAUGAAGGUA